AUGCUGUCUACCAGGAAAGCAGCAGCUGUUUGGCUUUUCCUUGCAUUUGAACUGGUCCUGACUGCACAAACACCUCUGUCGAGUCAUGCGCCUUCACCCUUUUACACGGGGGUCGAAAAUGAUCUUGGACAAUGGGAUCUUGGAGAAGUACCUGCGGUGAACGCGACAGGACAUCUGGUGUUCGAAACAGCCAACUCCCUGCUUCAACACUGGCCAAACACGCGUUAUCGUAUCGGUCAUACAAUAGUCCCAGGGACUAUUCCCGUAGGCACUCUCCUCUACCAUGGAGCCCUCACCGGUCCCCAUUUACCGACCGCUCUGGAAUGGGUGUCUGUAGAGCCAGACCACUCCAUAAUUUUCUGCCACGGGCCAAUCGAAACAGGGUGCUGGCACCUCACCCUUAAAGUCACUCGGCCGAUGAAAGUGCUCUAUUUUGACGGAAGCAGCGCUGUGAACAUCCCUGGGGGCACGAUGGACACCCAAGAUCUCGUGGCGUGGUCGAAGAUGAAACCCGAGUGGGUGGGCAAUGAAGAGCAGCGUAUUAUGGAUUUGUGUAAAUGGGGUCAGAAAUAUGGGGUGAAUGGCUUUGUGAGGAUGGAGAUGAAUUUUGAGGUUAUGAUCUGCGACUUCACUUCUCACAUGGAGGUCGUUUCGUUCUUAAAUCUCGAGAGCAUUCGCUUCAGUCACGGCUCGCCUACGAAUCUGCCAGAGGACCUCAAUACUGUGCAUCAUAUGUUUGAAAUAAUGCAUUCUGCUUCACGGCGCGAAAUGUAUCCAGGAGAAACUCGGAUUAUGCUUGAUUUUUCUGGGCUAGUCUCUUUCUACGACACAGCUCUUGUUCCCUCCUUGGUGCCGUGCCGUGUAGGCUUGGAGCGAUGGGAUCAUCGAGUGGGAGGAAUAUCAUCGGAGGAUAUAGAACGUGUCCAAGACAGGUUAGCUCAAGCAUUGACACGACCACCCGUGACAACCAGUGGCAUUGACUGGAAGACUGUCUUGCGGGUGGUGGUUGAUCGAUAUUCCAGCCGCCUGGAGAUGGUGCAGUACCUUGCGAACAUGACGCUGGACGAUAGGUCGAUGUUUGGCCACGCACAACAAGUCCAGAGACGACUGCGCACCGUGCUUUUGCCCUACACUGUGUUUGCAGCUCUACCUCCUAAUACCUCUGUGACUGCCAACGCGACAAAUUCAUGGGCUGCACCAGUUUUUCGGGAAUGUGCUACAUCGCACACGGCCUCCAUUGUAGCUCAUGGAACGACAUUGAUGCCCUCUGAACGUUUGCUCCUGCAGGCGGCACGGGAAACCACGCGUGAAAUAUGCCGUGUCGUCACGAAGAUGUGGGCUUCUGGGAUGAUGACUGGAGUCGACCCCUUGUAUCCUCCGGAACAACGCCCAGAAGCUGAUCGCAUACGGACUCUCAUGGGCGAAUGGAAGGAGGAUGUGACACAGUUGAUGUCCUGGUUAGACUGGAGCGCGUGGGUGAAAUGCCGACCUGCCUGUGGUUUCGAGGAGAUGUGCUACUUGCCUACUUGGCCCAUUGGGUUUUUCCCGACUCCCGGCGAUGAGCCACCAUUUCAAGCCCAGAGGGACGGUGCUUCCUUAUGGCCAGACCCAAACAAAGGUGAAUGGAGGAGACCACAGCCCAAGUGUAUCAGACGGCUGGAGCCAUAUGGUUUUUAG